CCAUACCCGCUGUACCCGCUGCCACUGCUGUAACUGUGAACAAGAGCCUGCUGGCCCCCCUGAACCUCGAGAUUGACCCCAAUAUCCAAGCUGUGCGCACCCAGGAAAAGGAGCAGAUCAAGACCCUGAACAACCGCUUUGCCUCAUUCAUUGACAAGGUUCGCUUCCUGGAACAGCAAAACAAAAUGCUGGAGACCAAGUGGAACCUGCUGCAGGGUCAGACCACCACCCGCUCCAACAUUGACGCCAUGUUCGAAGCCUACAUUGCUAACCUCCGCAGACAGCUGGACAGCCUGGGCAAUGACAAGAUGAAGCUGGAGGCCGACCUGCACAACAUGCAGGGCCUGGUUGAAGACUUCAAGAACAAGUAUGAGGAUGAAAUCAACAAGCGUACCGAGUGUGAGAAUGACUUUGUUCUCAUCAAGAAGGAUGUCGAUGAAGCCUACAUGAAUAAGGUUGAGCUGGAGGCCAAGCUGGAGGGUCUGACAGAUGAGAUCAACUUCCUCAGGCAGAUCUAUGAAGAGGAACUGCGUGAACUCCAGAGCCAGAUCAAGGACACAUCAGUAAUUGUGGAGAUGGACAACAGCCGCAACCUGGACAUGGAUGCGAUUGUGGCUGAAGUGCGAUCUCAGUAUGAGGACAUCGCCAACCGCAGCCGCGGUGAGGCUGAGACAUGGUACAAGACCAAGUAUGAAGAAAUGCAGUCAUCUGCAACCAAAUAUGGAGAUGACCUCAGAGCUACCAAGACAGAAAUCUCCGAUCUCAACCGCAUGAUCCAGAGACUCACAUCGGAGAUCGAUGCCGUCAAAGGACAGCGUGCCAACCUUGAGGCCCAGAUUGCUGAGGCUGAGGAGCGUGGUGAGAUGGCAGUGAAGGAUGCUAAAGGCCGUAUCAAGGACCUCGAGGAGGCCCUGCAGAGAGCCAAACAGGACAUGGCCCGCCAGAUCAGAGAAUACCAGGACCUGAUGAAUGUCAAGCUAGCUCUGGACAUUGAGAUUGCAACCUACAGAAAACUCCUGGAGGGAGAGGAGGACAGGCUGGCCAGCGGCAUCAAAGCAAUCAACAUUUCAACACAGAGCUCAAGCUACGGUGGUAUGCCUUUGGAGAGCAUGAGGAGCACCUACUCCAGCGGGGUCUCCAGUGGGUUUGGCGGAUACAGCGGCGGCGGUGGCUACAGUUACAGCAGUGGCAGCGGGUACAGCGGGUAUGGCCCCUCAACCACCUCCCAGGCCAAGAGAAAUGUUGUGGCAGAU